AGUUGGAUACAAUACAACUGAUUAAAAGACAGCUUUGAGAGACACCAACAAUUAAAUAAGUUCUGCUCUCUGAGUUUAAUUAUUCAAUUAUUGAAUUUCAGACUGAUAGACCUCUAAUAUUGAGGAUUACGUUAGUAAUUUUCAAAAUAUGGAAUGGAAUUUGUAAGAAAUAAGCAAGGAAGGAUUUUUCAAGAGGACCACGUUGGUUUGGAAUUUAUUACUCUUGGUGAGUUUGAACAUUGUAUUUGUUACGAUGUUACCAUAGAUAAGACAUUGGAUCAAUGAGUACUAGUAACUGUAGGUUGCCAUGGAUACCAUUCCUGUUUACUAAUACGAUGACCAGUUGCAGCUUGAUAUAUCGAGGAAUUUACAUGAUUUACAAAGUGGACCUUGCUAGGGAAACAAUUUAUUUAUUUUAGUUGUCGCAUUAUUAUAUCACACCUAGUCAUAUACUAACACCAUGAUUGAUACUUCGACUUGACAAUGAAGAACUAAUCCAAAGAGUUAUUACUAUAACUGAUCGAAAGUAAAGUGAUAUUUAUAUACUCUGUGAGAUACUGUUACAUCCUUACGACAAAGACAGGAGACAUAUUUGUACAUUACAGUAUUAAGUGGGUGAGGAAAAGAAAAUGGAUUCGGCGAAUGGGAGCUCGUAUUCACGUGAUGAUUUGCGAAGUGCGCUAGAUUUCCUUGGAAUUUAUGUCCCACGUGGUGUUAAUGAUUCAUCAAACAUUACAACUAACAGAACCAGCAGUAUGAGUGACUGGCUGCUUUACCCUUUCAUCUCAUCCGCAUUCCGCCUCUAUGGUGCACCACUUAUAUUCACCCUCGGCACUAUAGGGAAUUUAAUUUCGAUUGUAGUGCUACUUCAACGGAACAUUCGGAAAGCGAGUUGGGCUAUGUAUCUGGUGACACUUGGAUUUAGUGAUCUUCUUGUCUUAUAUACGUUCAGCUUUAAAGAAUGGCUUGUACUCUAUGGUAUAUACCUAGAAACACUGUCCGAUGAGUUGUGUAAAACGACAAAGUUUUUAGAGAUGUUCAGUCCUCAGUGUACAUCGUGGAUUCUGGUUGGCGUUACAGUAGAGCGUUGCAUCUACGUCUGUUCCCCGGGACACGCCAAACGCUUAUGUACACGUAGAAACGCCUUCUUCACUAUCGCGGCCAUGUGCCUUUUUCUUUUCUGCGUCAACAUCCCAGUCCUGCUUAUGUACCAUCUUGAGGAUACGUCAAAAUACGUCUACACAAAGGAUCCAAGAUGCUUGUUCGACUAUGGAAUCAUAAAGACGUUAGAGUUCGUAGAGCUGUGCUUACUUUCUUUGAUUCCAUUUAUAAUUAUGCUUAUUUGUGACUUUCUGAUGAUAAAGCGACUGUAUGAGGUGCAGAACAUGAGAUCAGGGAUGCUCCAGAUGCCCGCGUUCUGCAAAGCCAGGAGAACAGUGUUUAUGCUUUUAACAGUGAACAUCACGUUUGUAAUAUUAACAUUGCCGUAUCCAGCUAUAUUCAUUACGUAUCAUUAUCUAUCAGACGCCCGACCUUUCACAACUGCCGGUUCGGCAAAGAUGUCGCUAAUUAUCAGUAUAUCAAAAUAUUUGCAACAAAUUAAUUCUGCGAUUAACUUCCUCCUAUAUUGCGUCAGUAGCCCACAGUUCAGGCGUGAAUUGAAGGCCCUGAUUGUCAUUGUAUUCUGCAAAAGGUGUGGGAAGUCUACUGACAGGCCUCAGAGAUAUCAGAGUGAGGGUGAGAGCCUAAAUGGUGAAACACUUCGCACUGGUUUCACAAAAGUAACAGCAUUGAAAUACUUCGCACCAGAGUCACAGAAUUAUAACUCUUGGCUGAUGAUCUACGGUUUUUAA